CACAGUUGUCAUUAUGUGUGAUCUACCGAAGCUGCGUUUGCCGGAUGAUGUCGAGUCUGGAAGAGUGUUGCUUACGAUGGACGAUCGCGUUCAACGGUCGAUGGGAGAGAAGUACAGUCCGUCGGCUCUAACUCCGGAUACGGGUAGCUCUCCUCGAUCACCGUUUCGGUUCGAUUCGAUGCGAUCAUCAGGAAGAAGACCUGGUCCACCAUUUAAUCGUCCCGGUUAUAAGAAAUUACGCAAGCGAGCCGUUUUUAAGAAUGGCUACUGUAACGUGAGUGCUACAAAGGCUCCCCAUCAACGGCUACGCUUUUUGCAAGACAUCUUCACCACCCUGGUUGAUGCACAGUGGCGUUGGACAUUGCUAGUGUUUGCACUCGGUUUCGUCGGUUCGUGGGUCACAUUUGCCGGUCUGUAUUGGUUAAUUUCUUACACACACGGAGAUUUGGAAGAGCUCCAUUUGCCACCAUUUCAAGAGGACAACGGCUGGAAACCGUGCAUUACAAACAUCUACUCCUUCACAUCUUGCUUCCUCUUUUCGCUCGAAACACAACACACAAUCGGCUACGGAUCGCGUGCAAUGGAGGAAGAGUGUCCGGAAGCCGUGUUCGUUAUGACGCUUCAAUCCGUGCACGGUGUAAUGGUGCAAGCCUUCCUAGCCGGGAUUGUGUUCGCCAAAAUGACACGCUCGAAGCGACGCGCUCAGACGCUACUGUUCUCGAAAAAUGCUGUCAUUUCGCUAAGGGACGGUGAACUUUGCCUCAUGUUUCGGAUCGGUGAUAUGCGCAAGAGUCACAUUAUCGGUGCAAACAUUCGUGCACAGCUGAUCCGUCCGAGGGUGACGAACGAGCGGGAAGUGAUGCCACAGUACCGUACCGAGCUGGAGCUCACUUCAGACGAUUGCUCCUCGGAUGUGUUUUUCCUGUGGCCUCAGAUCGUAGUGCACCGGAUCGAUGAAAGGUCACCGCUGUACGGAUAUUCCGCGGAAGAUGUCUUGCUUGAGCGAUUCGAGAUUGUUGUGGUGCUGGAAGGGACAGUAGAAUCGACCGGACAAACAACGCAGGCGAGAACGAGCUACAUCAAUACGGAAAUUCUUUGGGGUCAGCGGUUCGAGCAGGCGUUGGUGUACAAUUCUGACAUUGAGGGCUAUGAAAUAGAUUUUUCAAAGUUCAACGAGACGGUCGUUCAGGAUACGCCACGCUGUUCGGCUAAGCAGCUGAAAGAGUGCUACAAGCUUCCACUGAGAGGACGUUCCUGUGAUCCUUUGGUAGGACCGGAGUUGCGACUGUCCCAUGUGGAGCUGGAAAGCGAACGAAUCAAUCCACAGUUUCUGUUUCCCGUGUUCGACCGUCGACGAUCUCGUUCAUCCACCGAGCUGUAAACGAUCCAUCGUC